GUGACUGGUGUGGAAAUUUCCGAACGGUAAAUAAAGCCAUGACGUCAUACUGCGUCAUACAGGAGUGACGCGUUAGACAAGAUGGCGACAGGCAGAUAGGAUGAUUCGUCCAAAUUUUUCUCCAAGUUUUUAGGUGUUGGUCAGUUCCACCUGCACUGAUGACAGGGGACCAUGGCACCUGCUGAUGAUGACAGCACCCUGGAACAGGAGCUACAGGUGCUGUUUAAGAAGUUAAGAGUGGACCUGGAUGGAAAUGCUGUGGGGAUCACAUCUUUGAACCAUGACUCAGAACAAGAUGAAAGGAGACACAGGAAGACCAAGGGAACUCCUGGACACAACAGUGGUAGAAAAUGCCUCCCCUCCAGACCUCAGAGUCGUAGAAUGGAACCGUACCCUUCAGACGGGUUAGAUGUACAAGUCCUGAGAAAACUCAGGAUUUCCUCAUCACAGGAGGCACACAGAAGGACUUCUGGGAGUAAUGAUGAUAAUGUCAACAGCAAAGAAGGGCUAAAACUUGCAGGAAGUGUAAAAACAAAGGAUACAUGUAACAUAGAGUCCAAUGCUGUGCCUAAGACAGAGAUAAAGUUUUUGAGUCUAGACAAGCCUAACUGUGAAAUAGGAGAGAAAGGUACAAGAUGUUUACCAAAAGGCCUGAAGGUAGAGGAAGGAAAAGAUAAAGCUGCUGUUAAACCUUCCUUCAAGACUUCAGGUAAGAUACUCAAUUUUGAAAGAGUGGUUAAAGAACACAAGUGUAAAGAGGCCUCAUGCCUCUGCAAGUGUAAGACUUCACCACCGGUGUCAAGAAAGGAGAAGCUGUCAUUCAGGGAACAUCGCGAGCUUGCUGCAAAGAAGCACUCGUCAGACUGGCACAGGAAAGACAGCUCUUGGUUGGUGGAAAACCUGAAGAAGAAAGGACAUGUUGAUAAGACUAUAGCACAACGAGCUAACACUAACAGCAAGGACCUGCCAUCCUAUACAAAAACAAAGCACAGACUGGAGCGGUCUUGUUCACAAGAGGCAAGGCUAGAUGAUACCUCCAUAGAGGACCUGGCUGGCUACUUUGACCAGCUAGUCUACAUCCCAAAGAAAAUGUCGGCCAUGGCUGAAAUGAUGUACACAUGACAGUGUAUGUUUAUGUAAAUAAUGACGGUCUCAAUCUCAAAUUUUAGCUUUGGUGAAAGGACGCAAUGAGUUGCAUGCAACAAAAAGCUAUAUCAAAGUGAACUGCUAUUUAAUAUAUAACCUAUUCUACAUGAUAGUGUAUGAUAAAGGUUUGUUGAAGGGCUUUAUCUAUAACAAUGACAAGGUAUGAAUAGUGCUUACUAAUGCCUACAUCUAUAAGGAUAUUAGCACAAAAGUGCUACAUGUAUUACCUAUAGUAGAUUGUAGGAGGAUUGUUGAAAUAUUUAGAUGCAAUGGCUUUGCAUGUUAAAGUUGGCAGUCAGACUUUUUUUGCAGAACAUUGCAUUCGUGAUAAAGGCUAACCAGGAAGAGUGUUAGGAAAGUUUUGUUGUAUUGGAACAUAAGUUAUUCAGCCUGUCUGAAUUGAACAUGAAAUACUGUUUGUUAUGUUGUGAGUAAAGAUCCGUAAUGGCCCCGUGAACAGAAAUCCUUGAGCUAAGGGAGAUAUCAAAGAGGGGGUGUUUAGUUUUGUUUAUUGCACAGCUACUUUUGAAUUAUCGACACUGUGGGAGCCGUUAGAUUUGGGUCAGUUGUCAAUCCCUAAAGUAUAUUUGUAGCUUGAUAAUGCCCUACAUUUCGCAUUGUAUGAUUAAUGAAGAAUAAGUUGGUAAGGCCAUGUCAAACACCUGGUGAGUUAUGUCCAUAUUUCUUGAUAGCUAGAAGGUUGGCAAAUUUAAAGAUAGCCAGAGACUGGAGGGUAUUUAUCUAAGAAAUCUGUUCCUUUGCAAAAUGUCACCUAGACCUCACAGACGCCUUGUUGGCCUAUCAAUUUUCCUGCUGUUUAAAAGGGAUAUUAUAGACUGACAAUUCCUGUUUGAAUAGUUAAGACUUUGAAUGCGGUAAAGUUGAUACUGUUAUUCACAAAGUGCUUCUGACUUUGCGACAACCGAAUACUGAUCACGUUUAAUUGUUGGUGCAGUAUGUUACAAGUCGUGCCAUUAAAUUAUUAACGUUACCACCAUA